UUAAGGUGGAGCUGGUUCAAUGUUUACUCUGUAAUGUCAGGGAUCAGUACAGACAAUGGGUCACAGGAUAGGACUAACAGCUCUUGUUCUAGCAUAGAGAGAAUAGAGGAAGAAGCGAGAAGAAACGAAACUACCAACAGAUCUACACCAGCAAGUACUCAAAAUAGAAGAGAAGCUCCUACAAGACAGGAAAGCACUCUUACACGGGGAACUCUUGAUGUAACGACAAGACAGGCGAGUACUAUUGGAAGGGACACUCGGGAUACAUCGUUUAAUGAUCCACGAGGAGCUGUCAGUGCUGAUGGAGAAGAUCAAGAUCAUGGUAACAGACGAAGACAGCAGCGAAUCAUUGACCCUGUUGAUUAUUCUACACCUCCUCCACCUUAUCCUGGUUUACAUCGGACACUAUCAGCUCAAGAGAGAGCUGCCACAAGACGCCACGCUCCAGUUCAUAAUGUCUUGCAACAUUCAUCAACAGUUCCUGUAAUAGGUCGACAUAGCAAUCCAACAAGAUUUAGAUCUACAAAUCCAAACUUAAUACCAUCAAUUUACCACCAAGAAGAAGAUCCUAACGCAAGAUAUGCAAGGCAGAUGACCACUUCAUUGUGUUUAUUGGUUACCUGUGUUGCAAUCUGUAAUAUAGGAUCAUUAUUUUUCACCAUACCUGCUGUUUUGUGUGCUUGGAAGGCAGUCCAAGCUAGUAUGAAUGAUCAGUAUCGCAAAGCUGAGAAGAGGAGGAAUAUUUCAAUACUGUUUUUUUGGAUAGGAGUCGUCCAAUUUGUUAUUUUAUUAUUACUAAUCUCUCUUAUUGUAGCAAUCUUUUUAUUAAUUGAGGAUGGUGUAUUAUCUUUUAAUGGUUAAUCAUUAUUUUUAA